UUUCAAGCGUGCCCCCUUCGCCAGCCCUGCUGCCCUCCCAGGCCGAGGCUGGCAUGGAGGAGCUGGACGCGGUGCUGGCCGGGCGGGGAUGGGACGUGCAGGAGAGGUACGACGCCGUGCCAGAGUCGGCUCAGCCCGUGCGGCUGCGGAGGAACGCCUGCUACGUCGUGCUGGCGCUCCUCUUCAACGACCAGGGCGAGGUGCUGAUGAUGCAGGAAGCCAAGGCCGAGUGCCACGGGAUGUGGUACCUGCCCGCCGGGAGGAUGGAGCCCAACGAGACCAUUGUGGAGGCCAUGAGGAGGGAGGUGAAAGAGGAGACGGGGCUGGAGUGUGACCCCCUCACCCUGCUGGCAGUGGAGGAGAGGGGCCCUGCCUGGAUCCGCUUUGUCUUCCUUGCUGAGCCGACCGGCGGGAGCCUGAAGACGCUGCAGGAAGCGGACGCGGAGUCUCUGCAAGCCCGGUGGUGGGACCGCGAGUCUCCCACCCUGCCCUUGCGUGCGCCCGACAUCCUGCCCCUUCUGGACCUGGCUGCGCGGUACCGAACCCGCCCGUCUCAUCCACCCACCUUGCCGGCGGAAAUGCCCUGCACCCGGAUCUGCCAACGGCUCCUGGCGGCCUUCACCAACAGCACCGGGGACUUGUGGGUGCUGAUGAGCACAGCCGGGGCCCUGCACCUGCCGGUGAUGGCCUGCGGCACGACCCCCUCCGAAAUGCGCCGGGGCCUGCGGGCGUCAGCAGCCCGACUGCUCCGCGAGUGCAUAUUGCUGGGCCCGGUGACAGUGGCAGCCCAGGGGCUCCUAGGCCUGCAGCACCUGGGCAAGGAGGCAGGGAAGGCUGACGGCGUCUGCUUCAAUGUGCUGCUGAUGGUGGGGCACGGCGACCAGAGCGCCCAGGGUACCCCACCGGAGCUGCGUGACGAGAGCUUCCAGUGGUGGCGGGUGACGGAGGGACCUCUCAGGAGCACGAUUUUGCAGCGCCUCAGCUCUGUGGCUGUUGUUGCUCUCUGCAGCUGAUGGCAAGGGUUUGGCUGAAGCUCAGAGCCCGCACCGUGCAGUGCUCACCUGGAAAGAAAGACGUCUGGGCCACCGCAGCAGGGAGGACCCGUGGCUUUCCCGUGGGGCACGUCCUCGCCAGUCACCACCCACAAAAGCUUCCCUGCCCCGUGCCACGAGGAGUGGGUGCUUCUCGUGUGUGGCGCAGAGGGAGCAGGGGCUGCCAUCUGCCUGUGCCACCCCCGAGGGGCUGGACCUGACGGGACCGUGCUGGAGGACCGCGUGCUUCUCUAGGCUGGCUCUGGGGUCUCAAGAGCUGCCCCAAGCAUCCAUGUCUUGGCUAGAGCGUGCGAAUAAAAAGGAGCACUUGGGAAAAUUU